AUGGAAGGACGACAGGUAAUGUCAAAUGCAAGCAGCAUUAUCUCCAUAUGUACAGAGUUACCUCCGAUGGUCCACUCGGAAGGCUUUUGGAGCUACUUUCAUUCUGGGACUAUGCCCUACACGUUGCCACUGCUUCUUCUGCAGAUGGCUCUCAUUUUCACCCUCACCCAAGCCUUCCAUUACGUUCUUAAGCGUUAUGGAGUUCCCCGGUUCCCCACACAACUUCUCGUUGGAAUAAUCCUUGGUCCGUCUCUUCUGGGUCGCUUAAGUAUAUUCAACAAUAUUGUAUUCUCGAUUAAAGGUCAAGAAAUACUAGGCAUGCUGUCUCUUAUGAGUUACAUGCUCUUCAAUUUUGUGAAUACGGUAAAAAUGGAUGUAGGAAUGAUAAAAAGAACCGGAAAAAAAGCCUUUUUUAUGGGUGUUGCAUGCAUAUUGUCGCCUUUCCUAAUUGGCUUCUCAGUCCAAGUGAAACUUGGAAGGUCUUGGCUAAAUAAAGAAGAAGCAGAUGUGCUUUCAUUUAUAACAAUAGGGCAUUGCAUAACUCCAUUUCCAGUGGUUGCUUGGCUUCUUGAGGACCUUGACAUCCUGAAUUCUGAACUGGGUCAAUUAGGCCUAUCUGCUGCAUUGGUAAGCGAUAUGUUAAGCGUGUUUAUUACCGUCACUUUCACCUUGACUAGAAUUAGCCAGGACGAAGGGAGUAUGCUUGCCGCUAUAGAUUUAGGAGCAAUCGUCAUCUAUCUUAUCGUCAUUGUAUUUGCAAUUCGACCGGCAAUGCUUUGGGUAAUCAGGCAAACACCGAAAGGCAGGCAUGUUGAAAACACCUACAUUCAUGGCAUCAUGUUAAUGGUACUUGGCUCUGGUUUGCUUUCUCAUGCGUUUGGUCAAACUUUACUCUUUGGACCUUUCUUUCUCGGUUUGGCAGUACCAGAUGGACCACCUUUAGGAUCGGCUAUUGUCAACAAGCUCAAGUUCUUUAUUUGGGAGGUGUUUCUGCCAAUCUUCGUGACUACUUGUGGGAUGAGGAUAGAUCUGAGUUUAAUCAAAUUCGAUAGCAGUUUCAUGACAAUCAAUGGAAUCCUUAUUAUUUUGACUUUUGUGGCCAAAUUGGCGGCUUGUUUGACCCAUUCCUUGUACUCCAAAAUGCCCUUAAAUGAUGCUAUGACACUCACUCUCAUAUUGAGUUGCAAAGGUGUAGUCCAACUUUGCAUCUAUACAUACUAUAGAGAUACCGAGGUGACUAUCUUUUUUCUCCAUUUUUUUCUUUACAAGCAGAGUUGCCUCUUCUUUAUGGUUCCGCUAUGGAUCCUAACGGACCAGGUGUACGCUUUGUUAUCUGUUGACAUCUUAUUGAUUGCAAUUUUCGUGCCACUCCUGGUAAAGUUCUUGUACAAUCCUACAAGGCAAUAUGCAAGUUACCAAAAAAGGAAUAUUAUGCAUUGCAUAGGCAACACAGAGCUUCGAAUUCUAGUAUGCAUCCACAAGCCAGAUAAUAUUGCUGCUAUAACCAAACUACUUGAAGUCGUGUGCUCAUCUAGAGAAAGGCCUGUUUUUAUUUAUGUCCUUCAUCUUAUUGAAUUAAUUGGUCGAGCCUCUCCUAUUUUUAUUUCCCACCAAAUGCAGAAAAAGAUUGUGUUCAACAGUUCCUAUUCAGAGAAUGUCAUUCUUGCCUUCAAUCACUUUGAACAAGACAAUCAGGGUGCUCUAUUAGUAGACAUCUUCACAAUAAUCUCUCCAUUCAAGCACAUGCACGACGACAUAUGCAUCCUUGGAAUGGACAAACUCACAUCCCUCAUAGUACUACCUUUCCACCGAAAAUGGUCUAUUGAUGGUUUUGUUGAAUCAGAGGACAGUACCAUAAGGACCUUAAACUGCAACGUGCUUGAACUAGCUCCAUGUUCUGUUGGGAUCCUAGUUGACCGUGGUCAUUUAGGCUGCCCAAUGGUUUCAUCAAAGUCAUCUUGUUCUGUUGCCAUGAUCUUCUUAGGAGGUAAUGAUGAUCGAGAGGCAUUGACUUUUGCCAAACGCAUGGCCAAUAACUCGAAAAUUAUCUUGACUGUGUUUCACUUUGUUGCCACUAGCAAUGAUGGUAAUACCCACUUGGACAAAUUGCUUGACUAUGAGAUACUAAAUGAUGUUAAACUUAAUAGUGUGGAUGAUGAAUAUGUGGUAUUUAUAGAAGAGAUUGUGAAAGAUGGGGCUCAGACAGCAUCAAUAGUUCGGUGUACGAUGAAGGAAUAUGACCUUAUUAUUGUUGGUAGACGGCAUAAUGUAGUCUCUCCACAAACAUCAGGGCUUGCAGAAUGGAGUGAAUUUCCAGAGCUAGGGAUUAUUGGAGACUUGCUCACCUCAUCAGAUCUUAAUAGUGGAACUUCUGUUUUGGUGGUUCAACAACAAAAAAAUAAGACCUAG